GCUACAAAGUACACAGAUAAAGACAAUGGGGGAAUGCUCGUCUGGUCUCCAUAUCAUAGCAUUCCAGAUGCCAAAUUGGAUGAAUAUAUUGCAAUUGCAAAAGAGAAACAUGGCUACAAUGUUGAACAGGCACUUGGCAUGUUAUUCUGGCAUAAACAUAACAUUGAGAAGUCUCUUGCUGAUCUCCCCAAUUUCACUCCCUUCCCGGAUGAGUGGACGGUGGAAGAUAAAGUCCUCUUUGAACAAGCCUUUAGUUUUCAUGGCAAGAGUUUCCACAGGAUUCAGCAAAUGCUUCCAGAUAAGACUAUUGCAAGUCUUGUAAAAUAUUACUAUUCCUGGAAAAAAACUCGGUCUCGGACAAGUUUGAUGGAUCGCCAGGCUCGAAAAUUAGCCAACAGACAUAAUCAGGGUGACAGUGAUGAUGAUGUGGAAGAAGCACACCCGAUGGAUGGGAAUGAUAGUGAUUAUGAUCCCAAAAAAGAAGCCAAAAAAGAGGGUAAUGCUGAACAGCCUGUCCAAACGAGCAAGAUUGGACUGGGUAGGAGAGAGUAUCAGAGUUUACAACAUCGUCAUCAUUCUCAGCGUUCUAAGUGCCGUCCACCCAAGGGCAUGUAUCUGACUCAGGAAGAUGUGGUCGCAGUUUCUUGUAGUCCCAAUGCAGCCAACACCAUUCUUAGACAGCUGGAUAUGGAGUUAAUCUCCCUGAAACGUCAGGUUCAAAAUGCUAAGCAAGUAAACAGUGCACUUAAACAGAAAAUGGAAGGGGGAAUUGAAGAAUUCAAGCCUCCUGAGUCAAAUCAGAAAAUUAAUGCCCGUUGGACCACAGAGGAGCAGCUUCUAGCAGUGCAAGGUGUCCGCAAAUAUGGUAAAGAUUUUCAAGCUAUUGCAGAUGUAAUUGGCAACAAGACUGUUGGCCAAGUGAAGAACUUCUUUGUAAACUACAGGCGUCGGUUUAACUUAGAGGAGGUAUUGCAGGAGUGGGAAGCAGAACAAGGAACCCAGGCUUCUAAUGGUGAUGCUUCUACCUUAGGGGAGGAGACAAAAAGUGCUUCUAAUGGGCCCUCAGGAAAGAGCACUGAUGAAGAAGAGGAGGCACAGACCAUUCAGGCUACCCAGUCUCUGGGCCCAUCACCUCCUGCCCCAGCUUCCACUCCAACUCCAGCAGCCCCCAUUGCCACUCUGAACCAGCCUCCACCACUGCUUCGUCCAACACUUCCUGCUGCCCCAGCUCUCCAUCGGCAGCCUCCACCUCUCCAGCAGCAGGCCCGGUUCAUUCAACCUCGGCCAACUCUCAAUCAGCCUCCCCCACCUCUCAUUCGCCCUGCUAAUUCCAUGCCUCCCCGUCUAAACCCAAGACCAGUGUUGUCGACAGUUGGUGGCCAACAGCCACCAUCACUGAUUGGAAUUCAGACAGACUCACAAUCUUCAAUGCAUUAAAGAAAUGAAGUUGGACAGAGCUGCAAUAACUUCUGAUCCCACCAGUUUGCCAAUGUUCGUCUCACUGUUGAAAAAGAGAGGAAGGGGCAAACCGUUCUAGAUAUUCAAGCUGAAAGUUUCAAAGUGAGGCUGCAAGUCCAUAUUUGUUGCAGUGGAACAACAUAAGUGAACAUCUACAACAUUUUUUAGUGCAUCAGACUAAAAUAUUAUACAACAUAAAGCCUCCAAUUAGCCCUGUUUUCUAUGAAUAUUUGUUCAAGGAAGUUUCCCUCAAAAGGAAAAAAAAAAGAUUGUGUUCUGUGCACCGAGGUUGUUUGAUUUUUACUGUAUUUAUUUUACUGAAGUUCUUUAUAUUCCAACCUCUUUAUAUUCAAAGUUCAUAGUACAAGAAUAUGUCUAUUUAGGAAUUGUGAAAAACUCCAUAGACUUUGAAAUUAAUGUGGAGUUUGGCUUUUUUGUUUGCUUUCAAUUUAAUUUAAAAAAAAAUAUUUUCCUAUGUUAGGAGUGAAAGAUUAAAUAGCCUGCAUUUCAGUUUUUGGCAAAUGUUCUAUGAGAAAUAGUACA